AUGACUUUGAAAGUCUUACUGUUGCUCCUUGUAGUAACACAAAUGCGCUCUUCUGACGCUUUUGGCUUACAAAAGGUGUGUAACUUACUUGGUCAUUGUACAACUACAACGGUGGCGCCGAUAGUAGCACCGACCGGACCCGCCACUUAUACAAUAACGGUAAGCCCUACAAGUCCAACUACUCCACCGACUCCGCCAUCGCCAACAUCUACUUCACCAACUUCGCCAACAUCACCAACUUCGCCGACAUCACCAACAGCGACAGCAACGACCGCUGGUUAA